UGCCCUCACUCUCUGCGCCGCACCCCACCGCGCUCCCCAUUUCUCUUUCUGUUUCUUUUUCUUCGCUGCCUCGCAGCCCACUGGCUCUGCUGCGACGCUACUGCCACCACCACCACCACUGUUUUUACUGAUGGCAAUGACGCUGACGGUGCGGCGCCGUGCGGUGUGCGCCCUGGCGCUCCUCGCGCUGCUCUGCUCCUCGUUUGUGUGCGAGGCUAAUCCUGAUGAGUCUCAGACGACCGGGGAUGUGAAUGUGUCGGUGGAGGUGUCGUGUCCGACCGCCGGCAACAAGUUGCGUUGGCGCCUUUCUGGCACGAGUAAUUCUUCCUGGGCGCCUUGCCCUUUUGAAAUUGGAAAUUUUCUGAACGGCGGAAGCGACAAAGUCGGCGCCUCCCUCUGCCUCUUUGCUGGCUCGCUCUACGAAGACCCCGCCUCCAACGUGAAGGCGAACUGCCCCUCCUUCGACUCCGCAGCCGGCGGCACUGGCAAGGCCGCGUUCACGAUGAACUGUGCUACUGAUGAAAGCAGUGCGCUGUACAAUCUGUCGAAGGGCGCAACUGCUGCCGCCACCACAGUUGAGGAGUCAUACGAGUGUGCGUUGCAAACCGUCGGUCAAGUCACGGCUCAGCGGGACGAGGGUGCGUCUCGGGGAGAAAAGGGAACCGGCGCGAAAGAGCAACCACCGAUACAAGCUGCGGCCCCGCCAGUAGGCACGGCAGAGGGCGAGGCACGUGGAUCCGGAGAAGCGGACGCUUCUUUAACCCAUGAACGCCCUUCCGGCGCGCCCCAUUCCGCCACCACGACGACGACCACCACACGCAGCCCCAGUGCUGGGAAACACACAAAAAGCAACGCGGACAGCAGUGACACCCUCGCCGCUGCGUGGGUGCGUGCACCAAUGCUGCUGCUCACUGCCGCCCUUGCCUGCGCUGCUGGGCAGUUGUGA